AUGAAAUAUCCUGUUGUAGCCAAAUUAAAUGAAGAAAGAAUCCAAAACUUAGUAGAAACAGUUAAUGAAAUAGGAUUUACUUCUGAAGGAUUAAUUAAGGAACCUGCAUUAUUUGGCAUCUUGCCUGUAACAUUAAAAUACCGUUAUAAAGUUCUUAUAGAAUGUGGAAUAGAAAAUGUUUCACCUAUGCUAGUAGCUACAUAUUUAACAUUGUUAAGACAAAGAUCUAUAGAGGAAUUGAAAACAUCACAGAUAUUACCUCAACACAUUAAUGUUGAAAAUAGAUUAGCAGGUUAUAUGACCCAGUGGCCAACAUCGCUUACAACAUUAAUUAAUGAAGAUGUUAAUAAGUCAACAUUAUUUACUUUACGCUUAAAAAUAAUUCAAAGAUACUUGGAGCUUGUGUUAGAUCUUACAAAAGAAGAGUUCUACAGAGGCAUCUCAACAUAUCCUACAACGAAACAUCGGCCAUUAGCAUAUAUAAAUGAAUCAUUAAAAAUAUUACAGUCACAAAUUGCAAUACCAAAUCACAAAAUCAAAUCUAAUUUAUACCUACUGCAUGCUGAUCCAGAAAACUUAAAGAAUAUUAUUUACAACUUCAAGAAUAUAGGUGGCAUUGAUAUUAAGGAAGUAAUCAGAAUGCAUCCUAAGCUAGCUGUAAAGAAUUGUCAGACUCUGCUGGACAUUCGAAAGGUUUUAGAAGAAUACAAUAUAAGUAAUGAGGCGCAAAGAAGAUGCUUUGAUAUAUACACUUUAGGGCCAGAGACAGUCAGGGAAAGACUAGAAAAAGCAAAGAGCACUCCUGAAUUUAGUAUGUUCUUUACCCAUCCAAGAUUUCUUAAAAUGAUUCACUAUAAUAAGACUGCAAUGAAGAGAUUAGGUAAAUUGUAUGCAAAUAAUAAAAAGUGCCUAAGCCUGAAUAUUCUAUCAGGUAGUUCUGCACAUUAUGAAGUGUUUGAAAAAGCUCCUGGUGAUCGCUUGGAGAAAAACCAUUAUUUUACUGGAAAUGGUAUAUGGGCUGAGGAAAGGAAUAAAAAUAUAGAGACAGUGCAGUUAAAAAAUUCUAAUAAUAAUAUGUAA